AUGUUUGCCUGUCUUUGGUGGCUGGUGGGAACCGCUAUCCAAGCCGGUGUCUCGGGAUUUGGCACGCUGAUGGCCGGGCGUGUGCUCAACGGUGUUUGCGUUGGUAUCACGGCGUCUCAGGUGCCGGUUUACCUGGCCGAGAUUAGCAAGAAGGAGAAGCGUGGCUCCAUCAUCGUCAUCCAGCAGCUGGCCAUCGAAUGGAGUAUCUUCAUCAUGUUUUUUGUCGGCUACGGGUGCUCGUUCAUCGAGGGUCCGGCCUCCUUCCGUCUUGUUUGGGGUCUUCAAUUCGUCCCGUAUGUCAUUCUCAUGAUUGGUUUGCGGUUCCUGCCCCGAUCUCCUCGCUGGCUCGCCAAGGUGGACCGCACCGAGGAGGCGAUUACAACGUUGGCUCGCAUCCAAGCCAACGGCGACGUGCACGACCCUCUUGUCGUGGCCGAGUGGGAGGAAACCACGACGGUCCUGGCUGCGGAGCGAUCUGCGGCUCCGGGUUGGCGUAAGUUCUUCUAUAACGGUAUGUGGCGUCGUACGAUGGCCAGGUUCAGCGUUCAGGCCUGGCAGCAGCUCAGCGGCGCGAACGUGAUGACCUACUACGUCGACAUCUUCCAAAUGGCUAAUCUCUCAGGAAACAUCCUACUCAUCUCAUCCGGUAUCCAAUACGCCCUGUUCAUCAUCUUCACAUCCAUCAUCUUCUUCUACAUUGACAAGACCAGCCAUCGGAACCUCCUGAUGUACGGAGCCAUCGGCAUGGCCGUGUGCCACUUCGUCACCCUCGAAGAGGCCCGGGAGAAAAACCUGCAUGCCAAGGACGUGGGCCGGAAGACGGAGAUGCAGACCAUCGAGACGGUCGAGAAGGGACAAUGA